AUGGCAUCCGCAGAUAUCAGCAAAAAGCUCAAUGGCCGUCUUGAGGCUGUCUCUGAGGGUCACUGGGUUGACCCGACCGCAGAAGUUAGUCCCAUAAAUGGGCUACCAUUCUAUAAGCCAACACCUGCCGAUAUCACUAUAGACAAUCACAAAGAUGGUGAUAAGGCCAAGAUUUUGUUCAAGAACGUCAACAUCUUCGACUCCACUGGUGCGGACCCCUAUCUAGGUAAUGUUCUUAUCGAAGGGGAAAGAAUCAGGGCAGUUGGAAAAGUUGAUGCAACCCCUGAUUCCGAUACCUUAGUUGUCGACGGGAAGGGUAAGAAGACCCUCAUGUCCGGUCUUGUUGACUCCCAUACCCACUUUAGCUGGAACAACUCGCCGACUUUAGACGGAUUAACCAGAACGCCACUAGAAGAGCAUGUGAUACAGACAGCACAGUCGGCAAAGACAUACCUGGACUAUGGGUACACGAUGUGUUUCGGAGCAGCUUCCGCACGACCCCGUCUCGAUAUUGUUGUCAAGCAGGCCAUCAAAUCCGGCCUAAUUCCAGGUCCUCGCUCCCUAGCCAAUUGUCAGGAGAUAACGACGACAGGCGGCGCGAUCAUCCCAAGUAUCAGUCAAUUCGCAGAUGGUCCUGACGCCAUGCGUCAGGUCGUGCGCAAAUCUAUCGAACUUGGCGCCGACAAUAUUAAGCUGAGUAUGACAGGAGACUAUACGCAUGAGACUAUGGGGAGCGAGGAGACAUAUUAUACUCUAGCUGAGACUAAGGCGGCUGUUGAAGAGGCCCACCACAGGGGUAAGCGUGUAUGCACUCAUGCUAGGUCUGCAGCUUCAGUGAAGCUGUCGUGUCUAGCUGGUGUCGACAUGAUCUACCACGCCAGCUACGUCGACGCCGAAGGGCUCGAUAUGCUCGAGGCGCUCAAGGAUAGGGUCUACGUGGCGCCAGCUAUCAACUUUCCCCUGCUUAGCUGCACAGGCGACGCGAUUCCUUACGGCCUCACACCCGAGAUGGCCAAGAAAAGGGGUCUAGUCCACGAAGUCGAAACUGCAAACAAAGCUAUGAAGGAGCUCAAGAGACGCGGAGUUAAGAUUCUUCCUGGAGGUGAUUACGGAUUUGCCUGGGCACCCCAUGGAACCUACGCAAAGGACCUUGCCCAUUUCGUUAACCUAUUCGGGUAUACACCUAAGGAAUCCCUUAUUGCCGCGACGGCCCUAGGAGGAGAGCUUAUGGGCUACCCAGAUGACUUGGGGAAGGUAUUGCCUGGAUACUAUGCCGAUGUCAUCCUAGUUGACGGGAACCCGUUGGAGGAUAUCGAACUCUUCCAGGACGCUUCCAGACUACACACUAUAGUGAUAAACGGACACGUCCACAAAAACGUGAUUGACAUUGAGAAUGGUCCACAGGGCAUCGUGAUAGGUAGCACUCCGGAUAAAUCCGGGGUUGGUUCCAACUUAGCCAUUUAA